GUGCUGAUAGAUGAUUUAAAGCUCCUGUGAGGAAGUCUUGGUUAUGACUAACUUUUAGUGUCAGUAGGUGAGAUAUUCUGACUUCAUCCGUUUAUUAGAUGUUGUUUUUCUGUGUUUGAUUAGUAUGGUCUUUGGUUCUUUUGGUGUAGUUGUAGUUAAUCAGAUUCAUCUUCAGAUUUGUCUAAUCACUCUCACCAUAUGCCUGAGCUCCAUGACCCUCACACAUUAAUCCCACAGAUUGAGCUCAAAUGACCCAGAUUGAGUUUGACACAGGCGGUGUAAGCAGAUUUAUACACACAAAGAACAUUUAGGAUGAGUCAACAUGAAUUUUUUACAACUAUUACUUCAAUUACAACACAUUUUGCAUUGCUUGUUCCAUAUAUUCUGUAUCGAAAAUGUCAAGUAAGCGGGUAGUCAAACAUUUUCAGAACUUUCCAGACGUUGAAUAAUGAUUCCUCUGCCUGUAUGUUUCAUAAUGUACCUCACAUUUUCAAUUAGGAGGAAGGCCAGUCUAAUACCCGCUCUUGUUGUUGUAAAGCGUUGCAGAAAGUGUCUUGACAUUGCCUCGCUGUUUAAACUGUUGGACCAUUUGCUAACGCAGUCACUCACAAAGUGGUGAACCUGGCCCCAUCCUUGCUUGUGAAGGUCUGAGCCUUUUUGGGGGUUACUACCCUCACCUGUUUCCAAUGAAACUGUUCCAAACAUGAUCCAAACAGGUGUAAUAAGAGCAAUCCUCAAUUUUCCCAGACUUUUGUCGCUCCUGUCCUGACUUUUUUUGGAAUGUGUUGCAGCAUCAGAUCCAAAAUGAGUAAAUAUUUGCGAAAAAGAAAACAUUAAAGUUGAUCAGUUUGAACAUGAACUAUCUCAUCUUUGUAGAGUAUUCAAUUGAAAAAGGAUUUACAAACCAUUGUAUGUUAAUAUUCAAAUUUAACACAACAUCCCGACUUGACUGGAAUUAGGUUUGUUGUAUGGUUUGGUAAAGCUUAUCAUAUCAUAUCAUAUCGUAUUUUUUAUUUAUUUAACCUUUAUUUAACCAGGUAAGAACCUGUUGAGAUUGAGAUCUCAUUUACAAGAGUGACCUGGCCAAGAGGUCGGCAGAACACAUCACAAUAAUUAAUAAUAAAAAUAAUAAAGAAGAAGAAAAUGACCUCUAGAAACAUAAUUAAAAACACAGGCACUGUUUCAUGGUCUCCUAAAGUCUGUCAUGUAAGAUUGAACAAAAUGCCUCCAGCGAAAUUUAUUCCGACAAUUUCAGGUCAGUCUGGAGAGUAAACCACGCUGAAGUGACAACAAAACUGAACACAUUUUUGCCCAGUUCAGUUCUGAUUUGUGGAAAUCAUAUCAUAUCAUAUUAUAUCAUUUCAUAUCAUAUCAUAUCAUAUCAUAUCAUAUCGUAUCAUAUCAUAUCAUAACAUAUCAUAUCAUAUCAUACAAUAUCAUGUCAUAUCAUAUCAUAAUUCGUUAUAUCAUAUCAUAUAUCAUAUCAUAUAUCACAAUGGCAUAUUAUCAUCCUCUCCCUCUACAAUAGAAUUACUUUCAGUUGUUUCACUGUAUCUGAGAGUUUUAACAAGAAAUAAGGACAAAUAAAGUUCUUUCUCGUGUUAUCCUUUUUGAAUUGCUAACAGGUUUUGAAGUAAAGUUGCAUCUUAAACCCUGACUUUAGGAGUGCAUAACAUGACAGUUCAAUUUGCCUGUAUUUCCAGCUGUUAACCAACAUUUCAAGCUCCUUCAGAAGAUUGAUUCAAGUUUCAACUCAUUCACUUGUUUUAUUGUUUUACGCCAAAGGCUGUGUCACAGUAAACAUUCAAGUCUGUGGACUAUCUCUCAGACUCUCAGAUCACACUCUCAGAUCAGGCUGUUGGUUCACUGAAACAAUCGUAAGUUGCAGUCCCUCCUAUCAGCCUGGGCGGAUAACUGCCUAUGCCCGUGUGCUUAUCUCCUGCGUGGGGCUUCAUCCAAAGCUCACUGAGAACACUUACAGCGCCCUGGAGGAGGAGGAGGAGGAGGAAGAGGAGGAGGGCUGAGCUGAGGGGAUGUAACGAGUAACGUGCAGUGAGUGGCUGAGUCAAUCCCCUGAAAACUCCUCGGGGUUUAAAAUAGCACGGAGGCAGCACCGCCCUCUGCAGCCCGCGACAGAUCGACGUCAGGCAGCGGCUCACUCGGGAAAUUCAAACACCGAGCCGUCCACAACACAGACACACGCAUCUUUUUCUCCUGCUCCAAGGUCACCGAGCCGGCCAGCCUGCACGGGACACACACACACACACGCAGACAGACAGACAGACAGACGCGCAUCUUCAUUCCCUCCAAAGGUAAAGUAACAUUUAAAGCCUGUUUCUCGCUGACGGCGCUGAAAGACGAGCUGCCGCCGCCGGUGAUCAGGAGGAUUAACCGGGAUUUCGGCGUUUUCGGGACGCCGCGGUAUGCAGAGAUGAGCAUGUGCUGCGAUGAAUGAGGAAUAAACCGGGAAGAAGGCUGAGGCUGGGUGGAUGUCUCUGCUACAUGUUUGGGUACAUUUUUAGUGGUGCGUUCAGGGGCCUUCGGAGAGAGGAGGGAAUCCGUGCGAUGAGGUCGUUUCAGAGCAGAAAACGUGAAAGAGGGGAAAAACAUUUAAUCAGAAACAGACAUGGAGCUCUCUGCUCCGCCUCUGAGCGCACGGUGGAGCUCAUGUAGGCCCUGGGCUUUGAAACUGGCUUCAUCCGGUCCCUGUCCUUACAUCAGCAGCAUCAUAUGAUAAGCCUGCAGUGCUGAGAGGGGAUCACUCUGCUGGUCCAUCACUCUGUCAGACUGAGUUUUUCCUCAUGCAGACCACACUCACGCGUGUGUAUUUCUCCAAAAUGAGAAAUUAAGCCCUGAUUUUAUCUGUGUUCAUAAUCUAGAGAGUUUUAAAUACACAGUUUUGACACCAGCUAAGCUGUUUAAUGUUAGCCAACACAGUCAUAUCAGACCAGGUGAAGCAGGUGUGAGUAAUGGUUUAUUUUGUCCCUUAUGUGUAGAUACAGGAAAUGGGAAAUGAAAUUUAACUUUACCAUUUUUGAUGAAGAAACUAUAUCUCCCUCAAAAGUGUGAAAAUAUGAAUGCUAAAUGCCCCGCUACAGCUACAGGGGAGUGUGGGGUAAGUUGAGCCACCUCCUGUUGCUUGGAAAUGGUCAAAGAAAUUGAUCAUGUGACCAAAUGUUUAGGAGAUGGGCAUCAAUUCAUGGAGUCUGUGAAGGUUAGAAGCACAUGGGUGAAGGAGUUAGACAUUUAUUUCAUAAAAAACAUUUUCCAUCUUGAAAGUGAAUUUAGUCUGUCAUAAGUUUGAUUAGAAUUAUGUUCAGACCAAAAUACACCAAUUGUGGUAACUAUGAGCUACAACAAGUCUACCAUUUUAUCUUAGAGGACUAAUAAAGUCAUAAUAGUAGUUCUGGGGUAAGUUUAGCCUGUUGCUCAACUGAGAAAGUAAAGGAGUCUGAUGAGAGGAUCAGAGUUUCAGUUCAGAUUUCUUUUAAUAAAUACAGCUGUGAAUGUUCUGAAUCACUUAAAGGCAUUCUCAUGUUAAAAUGUAGAGAGAUACGGCUCAACUUACCCUGUUCCUAUGGUCAACUUACCCCAUACACAGGUUAGGUUUACCAUAGGAGACCACUUUUUUUUGGCAUGCUAUAUUAUCAAGACAGUUUUGUUUACACUUAUUCUGUUGGUUUGUAGGGAUGAACAACAUCUUGAAAUAUAUGCAGAUACACUAGUUAGAGACAAAACUAUGAUUGUCUUGAUGUAGUGAUCUGAAAUAUGAAAAAUGGCUCAUCUUACCCCACUCUCCCUUACUGGCUGUUACAACAGUUGUUGUGGUUCCGUCUAAGACCACAAACACCUGCUCCUCAGCUCACUUACGCAUCUGUUUAUUCAUGUUUUCACAAACUGAAGUUUAUAAAGGAGAGGCAACAUUGUGGCUUUAUAGAGGAUUCUGGAUUUGUUUGAUGUAGGUUCACCUGCUGCGAGCGGGAGCUCAUGUUUAGUCUACCAACAUGGGAGUGGUAACAAUCAUCUCAUCAAACAUCCUUUAAGAGAUCGUGUGGGGUUAUCAUAUUUAGUGGAACUGUUCCUUUAAAAGCGAAGAUGUAAUUUCAGCCUUCUUGGUGUGUGUGAUGGGAAAAGUACAAUUAUGGGAGUCUGGUGUAAAAAAAAGCUUCUGUAUGAGGUUGUUUAGUCAUAAUUAAAGUAUUUCAAUGACUGAUCAUGUGGUCAGACUUAAAUUUGCCUGCUUCCUGGCUAGACUUUAAGUUGCUCUUGGUGUCCUACUCCAAUGGUCAGAAGGUACGUUUGCUCACUCCUUGCCCUAUUUUGUUUGUUUUCGGUGUCCUCCUGCAUGUAGAUUCAGGCCGUAGGUAAGCUAAACACACUUUGGUUGUAAUUGUCCACACUGUUUGUUUCCCUCAAAAGCAGUGGAAGAUCUGGUCAUGUGGGCAGGGACGUUUUUUUAAGGCAUGUCUCGGGUUUCAAGAUCAGGACCUUUUUGCAUGUUCCCUGAGGGAAGUUUGUUUUGGACACAAACCCGCCGUGAGUGAGUAUCACCUGAUACUAAACAAGGUAUUGUGCUUCAAACAGAGAGCACACUGUAAAGUUAAAAAAGAUAUAUAAGGUCAAAUUAAUUAUAGUUGUUACAGCUGAGUCCAUCACCACAAAAAAAAAAAGUUGGUAUCAUAAACUGUGUGAUGUUAAGAUCUUUGUUCUGGAUUUUGUUGGUCGGGGUCAUGUGUGGCAAAAAGAUACUGCAAGUUAGAUCCGCUUAAAGUAGAUGUUUUUUCACGAUUGACAGGAUUCCUAUAGAGCACUGCACCACUCAGAUCGAUAAACUCUUAGUACUCUCAAGAAGUCCUCCUCCAUUGAUCAGUAUUAAAGUUUCUGGCAGUGGCUUUGAUCCAUACCUAUAAAUACAUGAUGCAAUGUUCAGAGUUUCAGUGUUGGGGCUUCAUCAUAUUCUCUAUGCAAUCUGAAGCUUUCAAAGUAAAAACUGGAACAAAGAUGUGAGUGCCCCUGACCUUCACAGAGCUCUUAGAGGAGUGGAGCAGAGGGAGCUCUGGAUUGGAUGUUGAAUGUGGGAGUUGGCAGCCAACAUGGAAAAAGGGAAAGAGAGCCACUUCCCAUCACGCUGUCAUGUUCACAUAGAUUUAGAUGUGUGUAGGUGUGUAAUCUUCCUUCAAGAAAACGACAUGUCAUCCUGUCAGGCUGUCAUUGAGGGCUGCAUAAAUUUGCUGUUUCUGUCAUUGUAUCACAAGAAAAAAAGAAACUAGAAUCUGUGUUUGAGUAUGAAGUGUGUGCAAGAUGCCACCUGUGUAGUUUGUGGUUUACUUGUCUGUUUAUACUGCCUGGUUUUAUUUUGCUACCAAUGCAUACUACAGUGAGAGCAACUAAUGUUGUCUGAGGCUGCUUUUCCUAUGUGUGACAUGAAUUGUAUCGUAUCAUAUCAUCAUAUGUAAUAUCUUAUGCAUAUUACCGUGUUGCAUUGUAUUAGUGGUGCACUGAUCACAAUUUUCUGGCCGAUCAUUGAUUACUGUUCUUUAAAAAGCCUGACCUGCUGAUACCGAUUUUUGUUUUAAUAACUGACAGCGUACACCUUCAUUGUUCUGAUCUAAUUUUGACUUAUUUCAGCCUUACAUAAAUUACAAACUGCAAACGUUUGCUUUUUAUUCUUCACUGUAAUACUACCAAACAGACAACAUGCUUAAUUGACCACGCUCCGGGUGACUGUUGUUUACCUGUGCAGCUGACGCAUGUGUAAAUGCACAUGUGACCUAUUGGGUGGGUCUUAGCUACAAUGGCUGACUAUCAGAUGUUUGGGUUGGUAGAUCGGUUUCAUAUGUAAGGAUCGGCCAAUCACUGAUCCCCCAAAAUUAAGGAAAUCGGCGCUGUGCAUGUUUAUAUUGUAUUAUAUUAUAUCAUAUCGUAUCAUAUCUCAUCAUGCUGUAUCUCAUUGUAUCGUAUCGUAUCAUAUAAUUUCAUGUCGUGUUAUUUUCCAUAUCAUACCCAUUAUAUUCCGUCACUCUGUAUCGUUUCAUUUUCUAUCAUAUUGCUUUGUAUCAUAUCACAUUGUAUUGCAUGAUGCUGUAAUGUAACGUACGAUAUCGUACUGAAUUGAAUCAUAAAACGUAUCAUGUCACUAGGGCUGGGCAAUAAAACAAUAACGAUAGACAUCGAAAAUUAAUUUCCCUCGAUAUCAAUAUAAAUCAUGGUCAAUAUGCUUUUUGAUAACCGGCAUUCUGCCAUGUUUUAGUAGACUAUACAAACAGCCAAUGAAAAGGGGAGUUGCUCUGGGUCCGUUUCACGCUGAAUCAAUCAUGUUUUGAAUCAGAACCAAGUAGCAAACACCUGCGUAGUAGCAGGCUGCAGCUACACGCAACGAUAGCAUUUUAACAGGUGAAGCCGACAGCACUGUUGGUGAGAAAAAAAGAAAAUGAGUGCUACCCCUGGCAGAAAUGCAGAUGAUGCUCAACAGUGGCGACAUGGUCGUCAACACUGGCAUGAAAACAUCAGUGGUAUUUCGUUUUUUUUGAGGUCGGACAUGAAGCAGAGUAAUGUGCACUGCAAAUUAUGUCGAGUACAUGUUCUCGCAAAGUCGGGGAAUACCUCAAAUCUUUUUCACCACCUGAAGCAGUGCCACACGGCAGAGCAUUGGCAGUGCAAAAGGUUAAGAACCCUAAGCAGAGCAAGGAGCCCAUGGCGCCUGUGCAGCCAAAACAGCCGACCAUUCAGUCCGCUUUCUCUAGUCCAACAAAACGUUGAAGCGACACCAAGACCUCAGAUGCAAUAACUUAUUGUAUUGCAAAAGACAUGCUCCCAAUAAACACAGUUAAAUUUCAUUUUUUGUAUCGGGAUAUAUAUAUCGAUAUUGGCUAAUAUGAAAAAAAUAUAUAUUGUGAUAAACUUUUUCCCAUAUCGCCUAGCCCUACGUGUCACGAAUCAUAUCCAGAUAUUGUUUACUUGAACACAUCGUAUUGUUUUGUAUAGUGUUUAUUUUGUGUUGUAUUGUUUCAUUCACUCACGGCUGUUCUGUUUGUUUUGACUCCAUAUUUGAUCAUGCUUAUCCAGUGGUAGACAGUGUACGUGUUACAAUACUGACACCUGCGUCACAUUCUCACAUGGUUUGGAUUUUGCCGCACCAUCAUCCCCAGUUAGAACAUACGGAGUUUAGAGUUUGGUACACACAUUUUGGUUUGGACUGAUGCAGCUACUGCGUUAAUGCAGAGUGAUUUGCGUCAGACAGUACAGAUCAGACUCCAGUCCUCUUCCUGUCUUACAUAGAUGCUUUGUUGUAGAGCCAUGCAAAUCUCUCAGAGUAUGAAAAUGAGUGUCCUUUUUUUUUCUUUUGACCGCAUAAGUGGAAUUAACUUUUAAAAGACAACACCAUUACACAAAGAAACAACAAUAAAUAAACAAAUAAUUCAAAAAACAAGUUUCACAUCACGCCCACCCUCGGCUGUGUUUUAUCACGUCACGUUGCAGACAUGCUGUCUGCAGCUCUGCAGGUUGCAUCAGACAAAGUUUCCUAUCUAGUUAAAGUGGUUAAAAGUUCGUUUCAGGACUUAUCAGACCACCUGAAAGUUUUUAAAUCAUGGAUUGUCCCCAGGAAUUUGCAGGAAGGGCCUCAAAGUACAGAGUUUGGCAGCUGAGCAGAGAGGGUAUUAUGGAUUUGGUAUAUUUUAUGGGAAGACCUCCUGCCUGGCGGCUUUUCUAAGUGGAGACCGACUCUCCCUUGGAGCCAUUGUUUCAGCGGUAUUUUUCUCAUUUGUUGUUGCAUGACACAAAGGGAGGGUGUGCUGGUCGUAGUGGGAUUAGAUGUCAUGUUGAUAAUAGGAAUGCAUUGUGUGAUUCAGUCCCCGGUAAGAGCGUCGGUUAUUGGGUUAAUGAUGAACUACGACGAAAACAAAGUGAAAGGUGUUACUGGAAGGUUACCUUAGAGCUAAUCUUGCGUUGCCAUAACUUUGAGACCCAUGGGACCUGGAUGGAGGGGGUGGGGGGUUGUCAGGUUCAUGCUGGCAGUCGCUGACUGUAGAGGUCAAGUUUCCUUUUGUAGAGUCUGACAGGGCUUAAAGCGCCUAAAUUAUCUGAAAUACACUUGACUGAGGCUGUUGACCCGUCUGCUGUUCGAGGUCUUGGCUGAUAUAGGUAUACCACUGUAUGUUCAUAUCUUUUACAGGAAACUGUGAUUGCCAUGUUUUCAUCCCAGCACCUGUCAGUCAGCCGAUCUUCAUUACAGUUAAAGUUCAACAUGGCUCCACAUUAAGACGCCAUUAUUAAGUGAUCACAACCUGACCUUUUACUAUUGUGAAAAAGCGAAGAGAAGAAGAAAUCCUUCAAUAUUCGACUGGAACCUGCAGGUCUUUUUGUUCUCUUUUAAUUGCUUCGUAUCGGCUCUAGUGUGUUUAAUUAGAUUAGAUUUGAUUGAGACAUCAUCACACCUCAAGAAUUCAACAGCUAACAUGAUAAGAAAUCUUUGAGGCCGCCAAACAAAUGUUUUAUAUGCUUUCCAUAGUUGACUGCAUUUUAUCACAUUUUUAACCCUCACAUGCUGUUCGGGUCAAAUUUGACCUGUUUUGACUUUUAACAGCAGUAAAAAAUACCCUAAACAUCAUUUUUAAAGUCUGAAACUUGAUGAAUUUUCCUGAAGUUGCCCAAAAUACAUGAAACUUAUUUAAAAACAUUCAUGUGUAUUUUUGUUUAUGUGCUACAAAUUUUGCCCCUCUAAGGCUGUUACGGGUCAAAUUUGACCCGUAUCUAUAUUUAGAUGGAUUUUAGAUCUAGCAAUGUGGGACAAGUGACAAACAGUAACAACCGUGUUCAAUAUAAGGUUUGUUGUUCAAAAAGAUAUAUUCAAAUCAUUAUGAAACUAUCAUUACCUUGACAGAAACACACGCACACAGACAUACAGUCACACAGACACACCUAGACAGAGGUCAAAAUGACGUAACUUGUCAAGAGAACUUUCUGUGACAGAAAGCUGCACUUUGAACUCUUUGAAGGGGCAAUUUUGACCCGGAACAUACUGUGAGGGUACAGGAUUUGAACAGUAUGUGAGGGUUAAGUCUAUCUUGACAUGUUUGUGCCAAAAUUUGUCUCAAUAUUUGCUGUUUGAUGAUUUUAAGCACACCUUGCCCCAUGAACGUUAAGCGACCUCUGAGCUGCAGCCGCUCUUGUAGCCGUUGAAAGUUUGUUCUUUGCAGAGUUGUCCAGACGUCUCCAUUGCAUGGCCUAAAUUUGGCCGGAGCCCUUCCUUCAUCAGCUGUGUGCUUGGCCAGCAAGUGGUAUUCCAGUCUUGGCGUGCUCUGGUGGUAACUCAGCUCACGUGGACAGUAAAAGGAAAAACUUGCAUAGAUUCUUGUUGAGAGAACCAUCUGGCAGGACUUCGAAGAUGAGGUCUCUGCUCAGAGGAGCUGCUUCUUUAUCCGUUUCUGCUCAGGUACGUUUUCCAUCCAUGAUGCUGCUGCUGCAUCGUUUCCUUGGCUGAGGGUCAUGUCAACAGCACAUGCGUCAAUCAUACUUUAAAAAACGUGCUACCUUUGACCUUGACAGCACUGAAACUGAUAUAAUAACAGGUUAAAAGAUCCUCAGCUGUGGUUUGGGUACAGAGAUGCAUUUUUGCUCACUUCAGAUGACCUUUUGACCUUUGAGGCCUGUAACUUUACCAUUCCUUUUGGCUCACUCUUCUCAUUGUCUCUUGGAAAAGUCGACUCUUUCCAGCUUGAUUUUCAAUCUGGAAUUUAAGGCUCCAGAAAUAGAAAUGUUUGCAACACCAAUCCUAAAUCAAAGUUUAAGAAACUGACAACUGACUCCGUGAGUGGAGUCGUGGUUACCCUGUAGUGACCUCUCGCUUUGAAAGCACUACCCCACCUUUCUUGAAACUCGCCUGAAAUCCAACACUGGGGGCUCAGCUUGGCUCUUGUUGUGAAUUAAACUUGAGACCCUGUCUGUCCGUCCGUGCUACAAAGAACGCAGUCUUUUAGGCUUUCUGCCAGGGUACUAAGUAAUGUCCUUGGAGGACAUAAAGACACACACUUUCAUCUACAAACACACACACAUCCGGAGAGGUGCACACUUGCUAUCUAAUACAAUGUAACCCGGUCUGAUGAGUUAUUGCCAGAAGGAUGAUUUGAUUACAGAAACCCUAUUUUGGUUCCUGGACUUCAGCCGUCACUCUAGUGCUCUCUGUCUCAGCCUUGUUGUUUCAGUAAGCUCCCCAAGGUGAAGGAAAAUGGACAUCUUAAGUACACACAAGAGGGCAAAGAGCAGCAUUUAUUUUUCAGUCCAUCACUCUUUCCUCCUUGGAUUACCUCUAAAAUUUAAGAAAACAACAAUGGCGUCAGAUAUUGGUCAUCAGCUGACCUGCUCUCUCAAUAACAACAAAACGGAUUUUGGUCAAAGACUACCAAACAUGAUUUGUGCCCCGUGUCCGGAACGGCUACGAAAAGCCGUAUCUGCCAGUUGUAGCUGAUCACAACCACUCAAGUUAAUGUGUCAAUUUCCACCGGCUUCUUUCCGUUGAGAAUGCUGAACUCUGCAGCUGACCACAAGAGUUGAUCGCAAGAGAUUGCAUGUUGGGGUUUGCCAGAGAAAUUCAGCAGAGACUAACCUGUGCUGGCAAGGAAGUCGGGCACAGACACAAAAUAAAAGACCUCCCCCAAUUUCCACCGCAUCUGGAACAGCUACGAAAAGGCCAUAUCCGCCAAUCAUAGGUGACCGUAACCAUUUAAGUAAAUGUGUCAAUUUCCACAGGCAUCUUUCCGUUCCACUGUGGAUCGCCAAACUCCGCAGCUGAUCGCAAGAGUUUUUUUCAGAACACCGGAGCAUAAAUUUAAGGAAGUCGGGCACAGACACAAAAUAAAACCUCUGGCUUCUUUUCAAAAUAAAACACUCCAUAAUUCAAACCAUGCAAACGGGCGGAGACAAACAAGUGAAAGGUUUAUAGACAGCAUUUCAUCCCGAUGACACCAUGGAUGAGAGGAUGCUGAUUUUAGAAGUCUAGACAUAGAUUUCCUCCUCUGGAAGGACACAAUCUACUGCUUUUAUGGUUAGCCUCUGUGGCUAAGAGACAAGUCGUUAUCGCACGAUUGCAUGUGAAUCUGCGGGUUCUCCGUACAGUGAAAAAUCGGCACCAUUCCAGAUCGGAGCUGUUACGGAUGUGGUGGAAAUCCCAGGUCCGGCUUCUUUUCAAAAUAAAAGACGGUGAAAAUCGCUGCUGUUGUGGAUUGGAGCCAUUCCGGAUGAGGUGAAAAUUGGGGGUUAGCCAGUCUUUCCCACCUAUUGUUGGUACCUGGACGGGUCACCCAAGUAGACUUUAAGCUGCACAAGUCACCUUUCUUUUCUUCAUUUAUAACCAGGUUAAAUGACUGUUCGCCAUCAGUUGACAUGAUGAUCUCUUGUUGCUUUUUACUCUCUUAGUCUGAUAACCUGCAGCACCUGAUAAACACCCUGCUGUUGAUCAAAGUGAGGGAGAAAUCUGACAGUAUGUCUCUCUUCUUAGUGUUUCUACCCUCAAGGUGGAAAUACAAGUAAAUACAAAAAAAUAGGGAUGUGUUCAGCAGUUAUAGUACCUGCAGCCAUGCAGCGGAUGAUCCUCUAGAAUCUGCAGAUUCCAUGAGGCUCCAUCAUGAAACUGUUUUCUUUCCUUGUUCUCUGUCAUGCAAACAGACUGGACUACACAGCUUCCCCAACACGUCCUCACCCUCCCCCCCUUUGCAUGGCCCCACAGACACCUGGAUGCAAUUUGCACGCCACUGUGUGCACUUUCAGGUUUAGCAAAGGUUUAGACUUGCACAAAAGCAGUUUCAGCAACAUUUUCAGGUGUGUCUGAUAGAACAGGUAUCCUAGUAUUCAAGUCGAUAUAUAACCGUCUCCAGGGUGAAAUUCUUUAGUGGGGCAACACUACAGUAGCUGACCAUGCAAGGGCUCUGAAGCCGCUGUUGCUCGGCUGAUUUGCAGCUUUCAUUAUUCAGGGUGUACAGACACAAACUAUCCACCGUCACAGGAAAGCAACUGCGGAGAGGAUAGUAGGCAGACUUUUUGGUUGCAGAUUUGGAUCCAAAACGUUAUGCUACACUUUUGCAGAGGUCCGGUUGCAAAUCAAACAAACCGUCACGGAGAGAAAUAAUGUCCAUAUUUGUUUUUCCCCCUGAGUGUCACCCGAGUUCAGCCAACUUGAUCCUCACACGUGUUUUCAUACACCGCUCAGAGCUGGCUGUGAACGCAGCCUGUCAGUCAGGCCUCUCUCAGCUGCUCUUUCAGUCAGCGGUGUCAGGUGAAGGACGCAGCGGAGAUGGUACAGGAGUGUUUAUGAAGUGCAAAGAAAUGUUGUUGUUGUUGUAGCUGAACUCUGACUCUGGUUUGUGCGUCUUCCUUGGUACUUUUACGGUUAAUCACAAAGCAAACUCCUCUAAGAUUAGCCUCUUUGCUCUAUUUUUAUUGCUCCUUUUAUGGUCGGUCAGUUUGGAGCUUCAUAUUCAAACCCAUAAAUAUAAGCUGCUUAUGAAGCCCGAGGCUCGAUCGUUCAUUGUCAUCACGUUCAAUCAAUCAAAACCAGAUAUACACUGAGUGCUGCACAGUCUCAGUAUGGAUAGUCUCUAAUCUGAUUAGUGUGGAUUAGACCCGCUGUAUGGAUCUGUGUUUGAGAAAAUCCCUCCAACUUUGGGUAAAGGGUCAGUGACAGUGAUGGAUAUAUUUAUAUCCUAUUGUGGUUUCGUACAAAAUAAAGAAAUUUUCUAGUUAUUCGGAUGUAAAUAAAACAAAUUAAGAUAUCAUGACUAAUCUUUUACGAAUACAUCUUUCAGGACAGCUGAGUUUGGCGAUGACUCCCUCUGAAAAACACGAAGGUUUGAACCAGUCAGACGUUUUUUUUCUAAGUUUAUUAAUCGCUUAAGUAAUUAACCAUUUUCACUGAAGUUUCUCGAUAGUUUCAGUCCUGCAUCUCCUUGUUUUCUGCAGUUUCUCCGGCUUUAUUCAUGAUUUUUAAACCUUUGGAGAUGUGUUUAUUGGCACCGCAGUGAGUCAUCCCGCUAAUGGCUUCCUGUUGACACUUAUAUAGAAGUCACCACGGGUGAUCCGCUUCAACAUCGCAACCUGAUCAGGCGGGAGCCGCAACAAGGGACCAGAGGGGCGUUAUUUAUUGAUGCUGUUAGCUGAUGUUCACAGUUCAUUUACAGACACUCUGAAGACUUAAGUGCCCACUUUCUUUCCACGGCUUUGAAACCCUUACAUAGAGCGUGCUGCUGUGCAAUACGCUCUUCCUCCAACAACAACAGAUGUUUGUACCCAACGAUCGGGAAAAAAAAAGGAACAAUAAAUCUCAAGUUUUGCAUUAAAAUAUUUACAAAAAGGAUGAUGAUUUCUUUAUUUCUAGAUCACUAAACACAUCUGUUGUUUAGUUUUCGGUUGCAGUGAUUGAUAAAAGUGUCGGUUUGUCUCAAAAUUUGAAUGUGUUUGAUGUGUUCGGUGGGAAAGUUUUUAAUAUAAGGCUGCGAGAAAAAUUCAAGGAGGUGAAUCACGGCAGAGGAACUAUGCUUAGCUGCAGGUUAUACUGCAAAGAAAAUUGUUUAAAGUAACUUGUAGACUGCCAUGAGGAAGAUGUUAUCUGUGGGAGUGUUACUCUGACUAGAAGAGGGGGGUUUGAAGAGUAGAUUUGCAUAUAUGGCAGCGUAAGAGAGCAGGUUCCAGCCUGCUGAGCUGACCACUGACUGCAUGAAGUCAGCUCAGCAUGUUUAACCCUCAGAUUUAUCUUGUGUUGGAGUUUGUGCCUUUCUGCGGUUUCUCUAAGUGCAGCAGGAUGUGGUUUACUUUUACUCAGACUUAUAAAAGAGUGUUAAAAAUCAUGUUAAAGCCUGUCCAUGUUGAGAUGUUGAAGCUGGUAGUAGAUUGAUCUUAACAAAUUAAAUGACAGACGUAGCAAGUAAUACCUGAUUUCAUUUGACACACUCAUAAAAGGGAUUUUCAGAUUUUACACCGAUCCGUCAGGGCGAAACAAAAGAACAUGACUUCUGAUAUUCCUGCAAAAAGUGUGUGUGUGUGCGCGUGUGUGUGUCUCCACGUUUGUAUUCACCGAAGUGAAAAGUUGGCAACUGCAGCUCGUGGUUUUAUACAUGUAAUAAGGGCGUGUUUGCUUUGUACACAGCAGCACCUGUCUCUAAACUGCGUCGACUCUUUUGUCAGUUGACAGCCUCUUCCCCUUUUUUCCAUUGUUGAGUGAGGGUAAGGGGGCGGGGCUCACAAGGUGAAAAGUGGGCGGGUAGUUCUGCUCCAUCAGGUAGCAGAUAAUUGAAUAUGCGUCUGUGUGCGUACAUGUCCUCUCCAGGAUACAGACCUCUCGUAUGUCCUUCUCUCUAACACGUCAGGUGACCCCUGGCAGAGUUACCUGUAAAUGACGAAAAGGACAAACCUUUGUGAAUUUUAAAUCCCUCUGUAUACUGUCAACAAGACUCUUGAUCUGCUGAUGAGGAUCUGAUAUGUAUACAUACAGUAUAUGUUGCCGGCAAAGAUCUGUGACUUUUUCCUAUAAACAGCCAUCCAGCCUGGGUUUGAUUUAUUUUUAUUCUCUUUGUAAAAAGUCUGUCUAGAAUAAAAGGACUCCGUGCCCAGGGGUCUGGAUUAUGGUAUUUAGCCUCUGUUAAGAGUGUGUUUAUAGUCCAAGGAGUAUUGACUGGUCACACAUCAUUAGGCUUCAGCGUACGCAGGGAAAAACAGUCCUAUCUGAGAUCAAAAGCAGCCUGACCUCAGUCCUCUGCUAUCAGAUUACCCUUGGCUUUCAUCAGCGCUAAUAUGACAGUGAUUAAUUAAGUCUAAAAAACAGAUAUCUGAAAACAACAAUUACUAAAGCGCUGAAUCUGCCCGACCUGAGCCUGUUAGUCUGACUUACUGAGGUGUUAUAAUGUUUUUCCUCAUAAGGACACACCUCACAAGCUUGCGUAUUUGCUUGGUGCUGGUCUGUCUUAAAGGGAUAUUCUGCUGUAAAAUUAAUUUAGGAUCAAACACACAGAAACUCCGGGUUAGAGACCGCAUUGUGAGAUACAUGUUGCCGACCGCUUGCUUCUCUAGUUUUACCAACUUUAGUAACGACCGCAUGAUAGCAAUACACAGCGGUCUAAGGAGCCACACACAAACUUUAACCAAAACGCCACUCAGUAGCCACAAAUAAUGCUCAGAACAGCACCUAACUUCAUCAACAGUACAUAUAGGGUCCCAGCCACAGUAGUAGCUCCAAAACAUCUUUUUAGCUUUGCCUAAUUUCUAUUUAGCAAAGAGACUAAACACAACUUACCUACUCUCUUCCAGCAGCCGCUUGUUUGUAGCGAGACCUCAGGCCAGUCCAUUACAGACUACAGCGGGGUGACACAGCUCAAGGAAGAACAUUGAAGUAAUAAUCAUUUUGCACUGCAGACGCGGAAGUUAUUCUGCCUUAGCAUCUCGGUCUGAUUGAAUUCCAUAAAGAAAUUAUCAUAAAUGUUCUUCCUUGAGCUGUGUCACCCCGCUGUAGUCCUGGACUGGCCUGAAGUCUCGCUACAAACAAGCAGCUGCUGGAAGAGAGUGGGUGAGUUGCGUUUAGUCUCUUUGCUAAAGAAAUUAGGCAAAAUUAAAAAGAUAUUUGGUGGUUAGUGCUAUAGCUAGGACCCUAUAUGUACUGUUGAUGAAGUUAGGUGCUGUUCUGAGCAUUAUUUGUGGCUAAAGAGUGGCGUUUUGGUUGAGGUUUGUUUAUGGCUCCUCAGACCGCUGCGUAUUGCUAUCCUGCGGUCGUUACUAAAGUUGGUAAAACUAGAGAAGCAAGCGGUCGGCAACAUUCAUCUCUUGACGGGGCGUCUAACUCAGUGUUACAGUGUGUUUGAUUUGUGUGUUAAAUUAAUUUUACGCUGGAAUAUCCCUUUAAACGAUAAACCCUUAAAAGGGGGUAUUGUGCUUUUUUUUUUUUUCAGACUCUGUACUUCCUCUCUGAUACCUCCCUAAUAGAUCAUUUUUCACAGUGGUGUAUUAAAAUAACAUUAUUUCAGCCUCCAUCUGAAACACUUCGUUUUAGCUGCUGUCCCUUUAAGCCCCCCUUCACAAGUCAACUUUCUUUUUCUUUCUACUUUCACAGAAUAUAACAAAAUACGUCUACCUUGUGAUUUGAAACUUUGAAUACAUGUAUGAACACCAAACUUUGUAACUUUGCAUUAUUUGUUGUAAAUGUGACCAAAAGCAAAUUUAGACACAAAAACACGCAGAUUCUUAAUUAUCCUUUUUUAUCCUUUUUUUUUUCUGUUCCUGCAGUGAAAAGACAGCGUUGAGGUGGGCCAGUGAUGCCGCCCCCGACCACGGGUCCCACCACUGCCGUGACCCCACCAGACGGCGGUUGGGGUUGGGCUGUGGUGUUGGGAUCCUUCAUCUCCAUAGGCUUCUCGUACGCUUUCCCAAAGGCCAUCACAGUCUUCUUCAAGGAAAUCCAAAUCAUCUUCGGAGCCUCCUACAGUCAGAUCGCAUGGAUCUCCUCCAUCAUGCUCGCGGUCAUGUACGCCGCAGGUGGGUCAUUGGUUUCCUUGUAGUCGGCAUUAUGGGAGUUGACAUUUUGUGUUUUCUGGAGCCAGGAGAAAAUGUUUGAACAAAAAAAAAGUAAAGCUGGAAGGUCACGUGACGCAAUGCGAGGAAAGGCUGCCUAGAAUUGUGCUCCGCGAGGCUCUGCUGUAAUUAUCAUUUUAAAAUUAAUUUAAAACCAGAAAGAAAUAGUCGGCUUGUGAGAAUAGCAUUAGAAGUUCUUAAAAAUGUCAAGAGGCUCGAAACCACCCGCCGGUGGCGACAUUAAAAAGCUUUUGCGUUCGCAGAAUGGGGGCGAUAAAGAUGGCGGUGCUAAUGCUACAUCCAGUAGCCACGUCUCUCAGGAUAUAAGCCAGGAUAUUAGCAAUAUUAACGCAAUUUUGACAAAGAUCUCCACCGAAAUAGAGGGACUGGCAGAAAUUCGCCGGACCACUGCGUCAACCGAAGCUAAAGUCUCCACUUUAAUCUCACGAAUUGAUGAAAUGGAGAGGCGGGUAGAAUACCUCGAAUCAGUGGAUAAAGACUUGCAAGCUAAUCCUCUCGCUAACAAGAAGGAUGUUGAGGCCAUUUGGGAGAAAUUGGAAGAUAUGGAAAAUCGAUCAAGACGCAACAAUGUUCGUUUUAUUGGAUUCCCAGAAGGAGCGGAAGGGACCGAGGUGGCCAAAUUUGUGGAGGAUCUGAUACCGGAGUUGCUUAGCAUCGAGGAGACGGUGGAGAUUGAACGAGCACAUAGAGUACCCUCCCAACGCCCGCCGAUAGGAGAGAAGCCACGUCCAAUUCUGGCGAAGUUUCUUCGAUCAUCCGACAGGGAUUUAGUGCUACGAGCGGCCAGGAACAAGGGGAAGCUGACCUGGGACAACAGCAACAUCAUGCUCUUUCCGGACUUCUCCCGGUCUACAAUGCUGAAGAGGGAUAAGUUUAAAGACUGUAAGAAGAAGCUGCAUGACCGGGGGGUGAGCUUUCGACUGGUGUAUCCCGCUACAUUGAAGGUCAGGUGCGAGGACGGCGAGAAGUCAUUUUCUUGCCCGAAGAAAGCCAUGACUUUUAUUGACAGCAUGUAAUGAUCGUGAGUAUUUAGGGAGAUGAAGGCGAGAGUAAUGGACUCAUAACUUAGACUGCCAUUAUACUUGUGUGCUGACUGACGAGGUUUGACGAUUUUGCUCAGUUUAAUAUUACUAAAAGGACGCGACGUCACUAUGGUUCUGGUUGAAUGAAUGCUAACAGUGGAGCCAGCGGGGCCCAUAAGAGGGAGACUCGUAGAGGAGUCAUGGACCACAGCGAGGUUAACGUAAUGGGUAACAGGAUAUGCAGAGUUCGGGUUCUAAUGCAUAUUCUAUGUGUCAGGGUUUUUUGGGGUUGUUUUUUGUUAAGUCACCAAUGCAGUGUUUUGUUUCAAGAUCUUGGUUGUAAGCCAUGUGCAAGUUCAUUUUUUGUUAGUGCUAAAUAUGUCUAAGACGAGUAAUAUGCGUCUCUUUACAUGGAAUGUUAAAGGGUUAGGGAAUCCAGUGAAGAGGAAAAAAGUAAUGUCAAGCAUUAGGAAAGAUAAAUGUGAUGUGGUAUUCUUGCAGGAAACUCAUCUUUCGCCAACAGAGUCUAUCAAACUCUGUAGUGGUUGGGUUGGUCACGUUUUUUAUAGUGAAGGGACUAGCAAUAGUAGGGGAGUUGCCAUACUUAUUAAUAAAAAUUUACAAUUUAAAUGUAUCCAACAAAUAAAAGAUAAUUCAGGAAGAAUCAUUAUUGUAUUGGCAGAAAUUCAGGGGCAGACUGUUAUCCUGGCAAAUAUAUAUGCUCCUAAUGGAGAUGAUCCUUUAUUUUUUCUAGAUCUGGAGGGGAGGUUUAAUGCUAUGGGUAACCACAACAUUGUACUGGGUGGAGACUUCAACUUACUGAUGGACCCUGUGUUAGACCAUAGUGGGGGUGCAGUGGGUAGGUCUCCACGAGCAAGCCUUACUCUGCAACGAAUGUGUAAAGCUUUGGGGUUGGUGGACAUUUGGAGGAUCUUAAAUCCCAGUGGGAGGGACUACACUUUCUUUUCCCCAGUCCAUAAGAUAUACUCAAGGAUAGAUUAUUUUUUAUUAUCAAAGCCUCUGGUACCUUCAGUGCUUGCCUGCUCAAUAGGAAAUAUAAUCAUUUCCGAUCAUGCAUCUGUUUGUUUAGAAAUCCAGCCCUAUUGUGAAAGACAGCGUUCUACUAGAUGGCGGCUUAACUCCUCCAUCUUACAAGAUCCUGACAAUAUGAUAUGGAUGAAGGCAGAGCUAGAUUUAUAUAUUGCGACUAACUGGUCCACAGGUACAUCUAUGGGUGUGGCCUGGGAGGCUCUGAAAGCUGUCAUCAGAGGUCGCAUUAUUUCAGUUACUUCAUCCAUCAAGAAAACAAAAGCUAAAGAACUUCUGGAAUUGGAAAGGAAAAUCAAAUGCUUAGAGGCAGAGCUAAAGAGACGGAUGUCUAACAAUAUUCUCAAGGAGUUAACACAAUUAAAGUACCAGUACAAUACUAUCUUGUCUAAAAAAAUUGAAUUUCUAUUAUUUAAGGCAAGGCAAACCUUUUUUGAGUCAGGGGACAAAACAGGGAAGCUGCUUGCCAGGUUAAUUAAAGAAAGAGAGCAGGUCUCCACUAUUCCAGCGAUCAGGGCGUUAAGUGGAGAUACCUUAACAUCAACUGGAGAUAUUAACAAGUGUUUUAAGGAAUUUUAUAUGGGCCUUUACAGUUCUACUUCUACCUCAACAGAGGAAGAAAUGCUUGCUUUUCUUGACCCAUUAGAACUGCCUAAAUUGUCUGAAAGGCAGAAACAAAUUCUAGAUGAAGAUAUUACGGUAGAAGAGAUUAUAGAAGUGAUAAAAGCACUGCCUGCAGGAAAAUCGCCUGGUCCCGAUGGCUAUACUGCAGAGUUUUUUAAGAGCUUUGCAGCGGAGUUAGCCCCACUGCUGCUAGAUCUAUAUGCAGAAUCACUGGAAAAAGGGAUAUUACCUCAAACUAUGAGACAGGCACUCAUUACCUUGGUUCCUAAAAAAGGGAGAGACCCCACAGAAUGUAAAAAUUUCAGACCAAUCUCUUUGAUCCAGUUGGAUGUAAAAAUUAUAUCAAAGAUCUUAGCUAACCGUUUGAACAAAGUCAUAACGUCUUUGAUUCACCCUGACCAAGUUGGGUUUAUUAAUGGCCGCAGUUCUACAGAUAAUGUAAGGCGCUUUAUUGAUAUAAUGUGGGCUGUGUCAGAUGAGCAAUCCCCUGUGGCAGCCAUUUCUUUAGACGCCGAAAAGGCUUUUGAUAUGGUUGAAUGGGGCUAUUUGUUAAAAAUACUGGAUAUAUAUGGGUUUGGUAGUAAGUUUAUCAAAUGGAUUCAGUUACUUUACAAUCAACCAGAAGCUGCGGUUCAAACCAAUGGACUCAUAUCAGACUAUUUCACCCUAGGGAGAGGAACCAGACAAGGCUCACCCCUAUCACCCUUGUUAUUUUGCUUGGCAUUAGAGCCUUUGGCAGCUGCUAUAAGAAGGGCUACUGACUUUCCAGGAGUAAGGGCAGGGGGUGAAGUACAUAAACUUCUGCUUUUUGCAGACGAUAUUUUAUUAUUUGUCUCUGAACCAGGUCGGUCAGUGCCUGCUCUUUUGAGAAUAAUUAAUUCAUUUUCAAAGUUUUCAGGAUAUAGGGUGAAUUGGUCUAAAUCAGAGGCGCUCCCUUUAACAGCUUACUGCCCACCCUCAGCCUUCCAACCAGGCGCAUUUCAAUGGCCCAGUCAGGGUAUAAGAUACUUGGGCAUACUCUUUCCACCACAGCUAAAAGAUCUAGUUAAGGUAAAUUUCGAUCCAUUACUAAAUAAAAUUGAUUGUGAUACCAGUAGAUGGGCAACACUAAAGUUAUCAAUGGUUGGUAAGGUUAAUGUGGUUAAAAUGAACUGUGUCCCUAAACUAAAUUAUUUAAUUCAUUCUAUUCCUCUGGAGAUUCCCAUGACUUACUUUACAUGGUUUGAUAGGAUAGUGAAAAAAUUUGUUUGGAAUGGUAAGAAGCCCCGCUUACAUAUUAAAAAACUACAAAGACCUGUUGAUAGAGGGGGUUUAGGAUUGCCUAAUAUGUUAUUUUAUUAUUACGCCUUUAGUUUGAGACAUCUAGCCCACUGGUCACUCCCACCAGAGAGGGCUCCACCCUGGUUCUCUAUUGAACAAACUAUUGCCCCUGUGCCACUACUCCAGUGUCUCUCAGUUAAGCUCUCAGGGGCAAUCAAAAGUCAUCCAAUAUUCUCCAACAUGAAAGGGAUAUGGAGUAAAAUUACCAGACUGUUUAAUCUAGAUCCUUUUCUAAAUGUGUACUCUAGUAUCUGGUUAAAUCCCAAAUUAUGUAUUAACAAAUCCCCUGUGUGGUGGAAGGAUUGGAGGGAGAAGGGUAUUGCUACUCUGGGUGAUUUAUACUCCAACAACACUUUGAAAUCAUUUGAUGAGUUAAGUCAUCAAUAUGGGAUCCCCAAGUCACAUUUCUAUAGGUACUUACAGCUACGCCACAUGUUAAUGAGCAUUUUUGCUCAUUCUGCUCCAAAGACAGCUGGACUACUUGAGGACAUACUGAGAUACUAUAGGCAAGGAUUCAAGGCCUCUAUGUAUUAUUCUAUGCUGAAUCAGACAACUGGGGAUGGAGGCUUGCUAGCACUUAAAAAUACAUGGGAGAGAGACCUUGGUUUGAGAAUAAAAGAGGAGGAGUGGCUAAAGAUCUGUAAGAACAUAAAAACUAUGUCUAGGGAUGCAAGAGUGCGUUUGAUGCAGUUCAAAAUCCUGCACCGCUUUUACUGGACCCCCUCUAGACUGUUCAGACUAGGUCUGAUUGAGAACUCAAACUGCUGGCGGUGCAAAGCUGCAGAGGGCUAUCUAUUACAUACACUAUGGUCCUGUGAUAAAGUUCAGCAGUUCUGGUCAUGGAUUCACAGCUUUAUUAGUGAGAUAGCAGAGAUUCCAAUACAAUUCUGCCCCAGACUUUUUGUUUUGGGAGAUGACUCUGUCCUAACAGAGGGGAGUAAGCACAUUAAAAGCUGGAUCCAAACUAGCAUUAUGACAGGAAGACAGAUAUUACUCAGGGAAUGGAAGACUGAGGGGGUGCCCUCAACACAGGAGUGGUCUGCUCAGUUGGCUAAAGUGGCAGCCUUGGAAAGGUUGUCAUGGAAGUCAUUUGGUAGACUUGAGGUUUAUUAUAAAAAAUGGGGGAAAUACCUAUCUUUCUUGGAGGACAAAACAUCAGAUGUAUGAGUAGAGAGAUGCAUUCUUUUAUUUAUUUAUUUUUUAAUUUAUUUUUAAUAUCCUAUUAUUUUAUUGUUUGUUCUUGUUUCAUUUUAUCUCAUUGUGCAUACCUAGCUACUGUGAUAUGAGAACUACAUUUAUGUACAGCCAAGAAUCAUUUGUAAAGUUGGGUGACUUUUUGUUUUGUUUUGUUUUGUUUUGUUUGUUUAUGGGUGGGGGGUGGAGGGGGGGUUAAAUGUGUUGUAUGCCUACUAUGAAUGUAUAUGGUUUCCUGAGUGCCAUAUUAAUACAAUAAAAAAAUGUUAAUUACAAAAAAAAAAAAAAGUAAAGCUGGAGAGAAGUGAAGAGUAACCGUCUCGUUGGCUAGCUUUUGAACUACCGUACAAGCUAAGCUCAUUGGUCACAUUUCACUCAAUGAAGAAAAAUAAAGCACAAACACCAUAUUUGGCUUUAAAAUGGGCCACUAAAAUAACCUGCAAAUUGCAUCAAUUUAAGUUAAUAGCUAAAAAAGUUAGCUAGAUGUGUAUUAACAAUAAGGACACAUUGGAUUUAGCCACCAAAAGUGUGUAUUAUCGGGCUUAAAAUGACACAUUUGUAAUGAUGGGGGUCUUCGCUGUUGUCAUUUUCUAUGAACACUUUCUGUGGUCAACAACGAAGGAUUCAGAAGGUUAGUGAACACGCAGGAGUCAAAGAAUAACACCUUAUCAUGGUCAAACUUUCAAUUCAGACACUUAAACACUUUGAGAAAACUCUGUAGCUACAUGUUGAGAGCAAUAAAAGUGGCAUUUUUCCCACAAGUCUUAUAAAAAUAUUACAAUGAGUAUCGUACUGUGGACUUUAUAUUGAGGUACUAUCAUAAUCUGAGUUUUAUCAUCUCUAUUGGUUUUAUUCUUUCAGCAAAAACCACCAUUGUCAGUAAUUUUGAUGCAGCACUACAGGCAUUGUACCACACAUUGUUUUAGUUUUUGGUCAUCGUGGGGUUGCAUGUACAAGUUGCUGUAAUAAGUCACCUCCGUAAUGUGUCUGGGCGAGGCCAUGGAAAUAGGAUAUGGAGUCCAGACAUAGCACAGUUAAUCUAUCUUUGAAUCUGUGAGCAUAAUCUUCCAAAUCGCAGUCUUGUCGAGCACUGAGUGGCCUGGUGCUCUUCAUUACAGAUACAGUAGAAAAUAACAGGAUAGAGAUCGAGGCAGGCUGUGUCGUCACAUCAUGACCUGGAUUUAUGUCCGAAGCAUCAUGGGAUGAAAGCUCAGAAAGUUUAAUCAGGGAAAUAACAUGGAGCCUGAUAGCAGAAGAUUUUAGAUAUUAUGAAAAUAGCAUCAUAAUAAAAGCCAGCAGCCACCAUGUUAACGAUUCAUAAGACCUCUGUAUGAUUUUCACAUAACCCAUAAAUAGUCUCUUAAGCUGACCUAUUUAUAUAAAAAUCUGCAAGGAAAGCAGACAUCUCUCAUGGAUUUACUGGCAAUAUUACAGUGUUUUUCUUAAAUAAGGAACUGGUUAGAGUCUUAGAGGGUUUCCAGCAGGUCAUUUCCUCCAUAUUGCUCUGAUCACCUGCUGUAUCUCUCUGACUCCAGCCCUGCAGCUCUCUGCUUGGCACUGCCACAGCUGCCAUCUGUCCAAGCAGUAAUCCUCCUGUCACUCGAUCUGCUGCCGCUGCCACCAUCUGUACCGGUCAACAGCAGGCCUGGAGAGCUCAUUUACUAUCUUGCGCUGUGCAGUUUUAACCAGUAGUGGGAUGUGAACUUUGAAAACACUCCACUGAGAUGGGAGAACUGAAAUUAAAUAUUUUGUAUCAGGGAUGCGUUAAAUAAGUGUGUGGCUGUUGGGCUUUGAACCAGAGGUGGAAUAGCAUGGAUGCGUUGCAAGGGAGCUGGGUAGUAAACAAAACCCAACAGACUAAGAAAGGACGUAAAAAAUACAGAACAUUCCUAUUAUACAAAGUAACAAAACAGAGCUGUAAAACUGAAGAUAUCUCCAUUGUUUGACGCUUGAUAAAUAAUGUGUCAACCGCAGACUGCUCCAUAGUAAGGACCCGAUAGGGGGCAUGCUGCCACCUACCAAAGCAAAGGCAGAUCUUUGCCCAGUGCUUGUAAAUCACCUAAAUGAGCGAUAUCCAUAGGACGACUUUUCCCCCAAUUUCCAGCGCAUCCGGAACAGUAUGAUAAGGCUGUAUCUGCCGAUCGCAGCUGAUCGUAACCCUUCAAGUUAAUGUGUCAAUUUCCACCGGCUUCUUUCCGUUCCACAUCUGAUCGCAAGAGUUCUAUUUUUUCUGGACGCUGGAGCAUGCCGGAUAAAUCCAGCACAGAUUAACCCGUGCUGAAAAGGAAGUAGAUUUCCUCCUCUGGAAGGACACAAUCUACUGCUUAUAUGGUUAGCUUAUGUGGCUGUCUUUAUAGAGACAACUUGUUAUCACGCGAUUGCACAUGAACCUGCGGGUUCUUGUGAGUUCUCGCGAUUACCGCUGUCCGUAAGCCGCCACAAAAUUCAUCUCACAAACGGAUCCGGUAGAAAUUGGUGGACGUUGGAAAUCACCGCGCCGGUGGAAAUCCUCGGUUAGCUGUGCAUGCUAACAUACUGACCUUUUUCUGAUCACCAGCACAGGAUUAUGAAGAUGACUCACUCUUGAUAUUGGUAGUGGACAUGCUGAGGCAAAGGCAUUGCUUUUCUGGUAGUCACUUUGGGUAGUGAUAUCCUCAAGAUAUCAACCUUCUCACAUCUUUUUUCCAUGCCUGGAAAACCAAAACAUCCAGAUCUUUCUCCAGGAAUACUAGAUGAUAAAUUAUAUCCUGUUGCACAAAGUUUUCUGUCUUAUCUCAGUGUGACAAUGUUUAUUUCUUAUCUCAUAUCCUGUUGAACUCAUAGACCACACUUUUCAAGGAGGCAUUUCCGGGCACGUAACCUCAUACUGAGUACCAUUGUUUCCCCUUAUAUAGCAGUUAAGGUGUCCACUAUAUCUUUAAACAACAAAAAACAACCCAUAAAAAGCAGAAGAGCUUGCAUUCAUGUUAAAACUAAUCUGGUACUUUUGGGGUAGCUGCUGUUUAAAGGUCAGUCUUCUCUCAGUCGGGGGCGUCCUUGGGGAAGAAUCGAACCUGAAACUGCCUUUAGACAAAACACUGUUUGAUGUGUGAUAUGUGAAUAAAAUUCAUUGAAUGGGUGAAUGUGGUAUGUACUAUGAAGGCACUUGAAGUGGUCUCAACACCAGAAAAGCAGCAUGUAAGCACUGUCUGUUUCAGAUUUACUGAAUAUGACUUGUUGCUCUCAAUCUGGGAGUCAGAUUGACUCUCCACUACAAAACCACAAACGUGCACAUGCACAGAUAAACCACACACAGUUUCGAGUAUUUGUGGUAAGAUAAAAAUAGACUUACUUUUACAACUGAAGCUCUGAGUGACUCUCUACGAAUGUUAUUAGUCAUCAAACAAACCUGGAGUGUCUGCGGUUUGACAUUUCCGUGGUUUGGAGUGAGCUUGCGAGCGCUUGGCGUGGUUUAUCUGGUUGCUUGCCGUGCGACACCGUAGUUUUGGCAAUGAGGUGGCAGGUUCGUAAUCAAGCUGCAGCUUUAUAGUGUAAUAUUUAAAAGGAUGUUGCUCACUGUGUCCUUUUCUGAUGCUGAGCAUACAGUGACUCAUCAGUCUGAUCAAACAGGCGAAGACAACAUCUUUAAUGCCACUGGAAACAGAUGAUAGGAGCUCAGUGAUUCAGGCCCACACAGAUCGUCACUCUUAAGUGUUGCCGAACUAAACACGAAUCUGUUUAAAAGACUCCUGAAAACAUUAAUAUUAACAAAAAGAGGAACCCUUGACAAAUUCAGUUAUAUCCCUUUAUUGAUAUUAAUGUUAUUAAUUCAUCUUGGCCCACAUGUCGGCAACAUCACAGACUCUUUCCUAUCACCACCCCCUGCUUUAGCCCCUCACUGACUGCAUAUCAUUAUCAUGUAGAGAUGUCCUCCAUGUGUGGUUGCUAAGCGAGCGGCUCUUGUUACUUAUUCAUUCAUAUUGAUCGCACUCAUCAGCUAUUCAUUAAACAUCUGCUCUCUUGUUCGGCCUCUUACGCUGAUGAAACAAUCAGCGUUUAAAUGUUUAACACCUUUAUAAUUCCCCGCUGCUGUUUUCCCGUGGAUGUGGAAGUGCUUGUUUUUAAUGUCUUUACUUUUGCUUUAUGAAUAAACCAUAUUAGAUGUUUGAAUUUAGCAUAAUUUUAGAGCUCUAUUAAUUAUUUUGAUUUCAAAUAUUUACAGUGAAGUCCCAUAUGUGGACCUUUUUUCUGCUUUGAGCUGUGCUAGCAACUAGAGCUGUCAUUAUAUCAGAUUUGUGCCUCAGAAUUAUCGUACCAAAAAAUAUCACAAUGACGAUAUUUUCAUGAUAUUUACGGAGAAGCUUUAAGUUCACAAUAUUUACAAACAAACACAGAUAACUUCUAUGUUCUCAUCCGUUUUUAAUUAUGAUGAAACAAUAUUUGGCAUGCUUUUAUUUUGUUAAUUUCCCCCCUUCAUUUUAAACUAUACUUUUAUUUUGAAGAGUAAGCUCUUUCCUGUAAGUGAGUUAUGGAACUGAAUAGAAACUCGAAGUAAAGACCUUGAAAAAGCUCCAAAAAUCAUGAAAAAUCUGUUUUUAAAAGUAGUGAUGUCCCGAUACAACUUUUAGACUUCCGAUACGAUACCGAUAUUGUAGCCUUCAGUAUUGGCUGAUACCGAUGUUGAUCCGAUAUUAGCACAAACUUGUGCAUUACAAGUUUUGCACUCAGCUGCGACAUCUUUUUCAGACUUGAGCGUAAAAUACUGUCACACGGCCAGCUUCACUCCUACUCCUUGCUACUUUAUUAGUACCGUAGUGCACACUGGAUCCAGGCACUGCUAGACAGAGAUACUGGAGCGGAGUCUGGAAUGGACUGCUUGUAUCAGAGUGCUGAUAUCUGCGAUUUUAGAUGCAGGCCGAUAUAAACUGAUAUUCAAUUUUUGCUGAUAUCUGACCAAUAUUAGAUAUUAAUCUGAUGUCAGAUAGGGACACCCUGAUUUAAAUAUGCUGAUCUCUUGGAGAGGUGCUUUGAGACAGGCUCCUGCUCCUCCAUCUCAAUCCCAUUAAGGACCACCUCUAUGAACUCACAGUGUACUGUCAACUCACUUUUAGCACAAAAUCAGCAUUUGAUAAAUGAAUAUAAAAUGAAUCCAUAGCCAACAGGUUAAAGUUCAAAUCUAUAAGUUUAGCUAGAACAAGUUUUCCAAAUAGGGCUGUCCUAAUGCAGCGGUGUUGACGAUAACUGUCUUUUUGGAAAAAUGAACGAUUGAUACCAUUGUGCGGAUUACACAUUGCUCCAGUUUAACCAGAUACAGAUACAGACACAUGCUGCCUAAUAUCAUCUGUGCUUGUUUACAUCCUAGCAUCGUGGCGUUAGCUACAGCCAGUCCUUUACUCCUAUGUCAAGUAGGGAUUCACCAAUCCGAUAUUUGGAUCAGAUAUCAGCUCCAAUAUUAAAUUAAUUAAUUAUUUGUUAAUAAAUAAUAUUAAGUAAGCUUAUAUCUGGGUUAAUUUGUUACCUUUUUUGACGUCUGAUGUCAAGCCUGAUGCGUUCACUCACAGAGCAAGGUAUCGGAUAUCGGCCGAUACACUCAGCCCAGGUAUCGGUAUCGGACAACUCAUUUAGCUUACCAGUGCUAGCAAGGAUGACGAUGUUUACUAGUUAACUGAUUUAAUCACUUCUAAGAGACAUAUGCAGGUCUUUGAAUUUCUCUUUGUGUGAGUGGUGACUUUAAAUAAGGUUUAUAUUGAUAUUUUGUUAAAGAAUCACUCCCGGCCUUGCACAAUCUCUCAGCUGCUUCACUUUCAGAAGUCUUGACGCUGUUUAAUUAUCACCUUCUUUGUGUUAAACCUGCCUCUACAAGAAGACAUUCAGUUAGUUGCAUCAUCUCUACAAGCCCUUAUUGUUUCCUAUCAGUGUGAGCCUGAAAUGUGGGAACGGCUUUGCUGAAUUUAACGGAGCCUCAUUUUGGUUUAUGAGAUCGUAAACAAACUAUUUCCAGAAUGCGGGCAGGACAACAACAACCUCCCUCUGAACAUUUGCAUAACCGUGUUUUGGUUGUACAGAGGAAAAGUUUGUUUUGUCGUAAUUGCAGUGUUUUGUUUGUACUUUUUUAAUGUUAAGCAGGGUAGGGCAAUCUUUGAUGGUCGUGAUGAGACACAUCCUUCAUCCUCCUCAGCAUAGCCGCAGUCGCCCAGUGAUGAUGUCAUUAAGCUGUGUGUGUGUGUGUGUGUGUGUGUGUGUGAUGGAUCAGUGUCGUUAAUCCACACACAAAGAGAGAGACCUGACCUUGGAUGAUACAGCGUGUACUCACCAGUGUUUCAUCCAGUGCCAGUGUCAUAGAUACAGGUAGAGGAUGAAUACACAGAGGAGCAUGUGUGUUCACUAGCCAGAUCCUUUAUUAUGACGUGUUGAACCAGUAAUUUUAAUGAGAGUUUGAUAAACUUUAAACACAAGAAUAAAAAUGUUCAUGUUUGUCAUAAUAGAGUUCUUUGUUACAUGUUUUGUUUCCAUUUCCUGUUAAGGUAGGGUAGGCAGGAUCUGAGGAAGUGCCAGUUUUUGGGAGAAAUCUUGAACAUAAACUUUACCCCUCCCAACCAGUUUUCCCCUCAGCUCCUCCUCUCCCCUCUGUCUCUGCUCCAGUAAGCCCUGCCCACAAAUAGACGCUCCUGCUCACUCGUAUCGUUUCAAUUAAAUUCUGAUAUAAUGCAGAUAAAUACUGCAGAUAAUUACAAAUGGAGCCCAGUCAGCGUGAAAGUAAAAAGCAUCGGUGCUACUGUAGAUGCCAACAGACUACCAACAAACACAAUGUUUGCAGGACUUCUACAACUAGGAUAAAGUGACAUAGUCCAGGACCCGAGGUCAACAGUUUAGCGACCCUACAACACGCUACAGCAGGUCCCGUUUGACAAGAAACACUUCUGUUACAGACACUUGGCUUACUUUGUUAAAGCGGUUUACCUGUCCAGCAGAAAGGUUACAGGGUCUGGAAGAUCCCAAGGCGUCCCCCAUCGACCCGGCUUUUUAGCUCUUUUCCGGGUGGUCUACCUCCUUUUUAAGCGCCCGUUAUUCCGCCAGUGUCUCCGGUAUUUACUUUGUUUUCUUGCUUGUGUUGGCAGUCGUGGCUAAAGGAGGAUUCAGACAAUUUUCUGUACUUUUUGGUUGGUUUCUACUGUCCAAUAAUGAAGCACGCUAACUUAAUUUGGGCUUGUGAACGACAUGAGGGAGCAGCGUCUGCCUCACAACCAAUCAGGUUGGGGGAGGCAGAGAACGGCUUUGUUUACAGUCAGAAAGAGCAGGGCGCUCAAAAAGUGUAAAAUGUUGACUACGCAGACAUAACAAAACACAGAUAUAUCGUUAUAUUACCAAAUAUCAUCAAUAACUAAUAGCUAUUGACUGAUAUUUAAAGCUUUUUUUUAUACACCACAAAGAAAAGAUGCUUCUUUAACCGAAUCCUGCCUACCCCACCUUUAAGAGAUCCUGUAAAUUGAGACCUUUUAAAAGCUCCUUAAGGUUUCCUCAGUUGUAUGUGAAACUGAUAACGCUCUCGCAGCCUUUUAUUGUGCAUGUCAGAUUGAAUCACAGCUUAAAAAGAGCUUCAUCUCUCCGGCGCAGCAGAAAGGGAAAAAUGAAGCAGAACGUCAGCAAAAAAACGGAUGAUGUGCAGUUUUCACUAAUGCUGGAAAAUCACCGUCUUGACCCCACAACUCAAUAAUCCGGCAUUAGUAAGACAAACGUUGUUCACUAUUUAAUUCAUUUAUAGAUGACUCACUAUGAGCGUCACUCUCUUUUCCAGGACAGCUUUGUCUUCAUUAACACAGAUGCAUAUUUAUGGAAACUGCUGAGUAAAGCUGCAGCUGCACGCAGAGCAGUUUAACUCAAACAGCCCUCCGUAGUAAUAUUACCCACCCUAAAAUAUCUGAGGGGCAGGCUAAAAUAUGGAAAAAUACAGACUUUGAUGGUUUGCAAAUCAUUUUUAAACGCUUUAUUUACUUGAAAAUAGAGCAAAGAAAACAUAUCAAACAUUAAAACUGAAAAAAAUUGUUGUUUUCUGCAAGACAUGCUUAAAAUUUGAUGCAUGCGGACCAUGUGCAGGGGCUUCACCUUGUCUUAAAACAUCACCUGAGGAGACCAGUCUCUGCCUGACAUUAUUAUAUUUGUUAUUUAAUGAUGUACCAGAUGUUUUCGGUGGGGGACAAAUCAGGACAUUCACACUAGUUAAGUGCUCCUUUACUACUCAGCCACCUGGAUGUGGUUUGGCUCAUAUAUAGGGUUUCCUCUUCAUCUCCACGUGUGUUUACAACCCAUGUCAAAGUUCUUUAAACUCGUAGCUAAUGUCAAAUCUAAAAUGAGCGCACAGCAUCAUAAAGCAAUACUUAUCGUCUGACUUUUCCUUUGUCCUUUGCAGACUUUGUUUGUCUGAUUGUUAUACUUAGUUUGGGGUUAUUUGGGUUUAGUCCAGGGUGUACUAUCGUCUGGCCAGGAGAUGAUGAGCCUUUCACAGGGAGUUAAUGUGCAGGCUCAGGGGCUCCCUCAUCUCUGCCAGCUCUGGUCCCGCUGGGCCCCUGAGAACACAGAUCACUGCUGUGGAUGCAAAUGAGGGGGAACUCUCCUCAAGGUUAAAAAGAUUCAUGCAGUGGAAAUUAAGUCCGAUGACUCUUCACCCAAUAUGGUGUUUUAAAUUGGACCCGGCCUGACAGAAAUAUGGUACUUUCUCUGCCUGGUAAUGAGAGCUUUGUUGAAGAAAAAAUACACCUUUCAUUAGUUUCUACCUGCCUGCUUGAUUUUAGACCUCCUGUGCUUAAAUUUCAGCAAAAGCAGUGGAGAGAACUUUAAUUAAAAGGCAAAGAGAUCCACCUAGAAGUAGAUGUUCUGCACCAAAGUGCAUAAAAGUGAUCCGAAGUUUUGCUUUAACUCGAAAAGAAAAUUUUAAACAGUAGAAAGUAACACCUCUGCAAUCGUAUCUGAAGGAGAGUCUCUUUUGGUGAGACUGUAAAGCAGUAAAUAGACAUUAUUAGAUAUAAUCCUCAACAUCAUUGCACUGAUGGUGGAGGGCUACCUCUUUUAUUGACUCCCCGCCCCUGGAUGCCUGUUCCUGCAGUGUGCAAGCACAAUUUCUUGGCAAGGCUUUCCGUUAAAGAGCCCGAAAGGCAAACACCUCUCAGUGCAGGUCUUACGUUUGCAGUGUUGGUACAGACUUCAUAGUAGAGGCUAAGAUCCUGACGAAAACCUAAACAGAGAAGAAAAACUGGUUUUAAAAUCCCACUGGCAUUGGAUUGACUGGUACACAAGACCAGACAACAGUCAGAGUAAAUUAUGACUUGUCUUUACUUGUCUGCGAGGGUGUAUCUUGCGGGGGACGGAGUGUACAGGGCUCUGAGGUGAAGGUGUCGACGCAAUUAUCACACAAUUAUCAGAGUAAAUAACAAUAGAAGCUAGAAUCAAGAGGCAACCUGCACUGAUGAAAAAAAAUGCCUCUGUGGAAGUGCAGUUCCUCAAGUGUCCACUGGGGGCUGGAUUCAAAUUUUGCCCCAUGUGAUUUUUUCCAAAAGAAAACAGGUUUACAGCCUUAAGAGGGGGGCAAUUUUGGUCUUAGAUACUUAUUUCUCCAUUCAUUAAAACUGUAUAAGGAUGAAUAUUUCUAAACUCACCUGUUAUUAUUAUAAUGAGCCCAAAAAUUGUGUAUACAUUUGCAGCAUCAAAGCUGGGGUUAUUGCUUGAGGUCUAGGGUAGAGUUUUCGCAAUAUAUCAGUAUAAAAAUGACUGUCUUUAUAAAACAGUUCUGGUUUGAUGCUAAAAAAUAUACGCAUAUAUUGAUGCAUUAAUUCAUAGGUAUGGUCCUUUAAGCUAGAUGCCACACACCAUUAAAACAGAGAAGAAGAAGUUGCAGACUGCUAGCAAGCUUGCUGAGUUUUCUCAGACAUUCCAAGGUAUUGUCAUCACAAUAUUUUAUGUUCACAACAAUUUUCAGGUGAAAAUCUGUUGCAGUGACAGUCCAAAACUAAAAACACAUCAAAUUUCCUGAGGUUAGGAUCCUCACAUGGAUAACUCAGGUUUGAUUCCAGCCUGCAGACCCUUUCCUUCAUGUCAUAUCCUGCUCUUUUUUUCCCAUUUUCUGCUCUAUACACUUUCCUCUCAAAAAAAGGCAACUGCCACCACUGAGUUUUAUUACACCUCUUUAGGCACCAAAUAGUAACACCUCUGGGACUGCAUACAUAUGUCAUAUAUGUCAUAUACAGUCUAUACAAGCCCCAGAAUUUUGGGAACCCCUUGCUUGGUUUAACGGUCCAUUUCAAGCCAAAAACGUCGAACCAAAUUGUGCAAAAAAUGGUCAUAUUUCGUCAUAUUUCAGUGCUGAAUACAGUUAAUGGCUGAGAGGCAAUAAUUAAAGCGGUCACACUGGUCUAUUUUAUUUAAUUAAAAAUAUAAAUGAACGAAUAUUCCCUGAUGCAAAUUAACCGAAUCAAGUGCUGCUCUCACACAGCAACUGUGAGUAUGCUGAUGGCGAUUAUGGCGCUAUCACUACACUGAGUCAAAGAUGAACUCUUAAUUAACUGUAAAAGAUCUAACUGGUAUUUACUAUGCACAAUUUAGGUAAUUAUAUUACAACUGACCCACACUCCUAAUGAGAUAAAUAUUAAUUAGAUCAUAAGUUGACAUGGUUUAACUUUGGGAUUUGGUAACAACAUAAUUAACCUCAUUUAAGACUAAGUGAUACUGGCAGAAACAUUGCUGACACAGCUCUGCAGAGUUAAGUGCUCCAUCAGAUCCUCUUUGAGUGAAAUGUGCAGAGAUUCACCUCUACGCUUUAAGCAGCUUUAACCAGGUUUGAGAACAAGAUGACUUCAUGUGCUGCAGCUCAGUUCCCCGUGUUUAAGAUGAUAAAUAAAACAGCAGAGUAAAGUCUUCCACAUGUCUUCACGAUGUCAGUUACUUAUCUUAAUUUGAUUUGGUCCCAUCUUUAAAAAUGGAAUCAGCCCAUUGCAGCUAUUUAUAGAAACAGAGCUCCUGCUGGUGUGUGGUACUAACAGGAUUAAGCCAUUAUACCUUCACCUUCAGUGACCCUAACCUCAGUAAACAACUGACAUGUCGGAGUUGAUUUGAUGUUGUUCAUUUGUUUCAGGUCCCAUCAGCAGCAUUCUGGUCAACACGUAUGGCUGCAGACCCAUCGUGAUGAUGGGGGGUUGCCUCUGCUCCACCGGCAUGAUCUUAGCUUCCUUCUGCACCAGCGUGAUCCAACUCUACCUCUGCAUAGGAGUAAUUGGAGGUAAGUCCACUUAAGUCAACCUAAAGCUAUUUUGCUUAACUCGAUUACCUACUUACCUCCAAGUCAAAGGUUAAGAAUAGAUCGGUUGUAGCAGGAGGAGUAUAAAUCCAACCUAUUUCAGUAUCACAUGCAAACUUCCAACCUACUUAAAUCACGAAUUUAAAAAUGGCAUGGCACCCCAAAGAAAAUUCUAAGUUAUUAUGUGUAUGUUUGCUGUGUGUCUUCACAGGACUUGGCCUGGCCUUUAACCUGCAGCCAGCGCUGACCAUGAUAGGAAAGUACUUCUUCAAACGGCGUCCCAUUGCAAACGGACUUGCCAUGGCAGGCAGUCCGGUCUUUCUCAGCACCCUUGCUCCGCUCAACCAGUACCUCUUUAACAACUUUGGCUGGAGAGGCAGCUUCCUCAUUCUGGGUGGUCUACUACUGAACUGCUGUGUGGCCGGAUCACUCAUGAGACCUCUGGGACCUCCGCCCAGCAAGCUCAAGAAAGAUGAAGAGUUAGUUGCGAUGACCACCACAAAAGAGAAACAGACCGCCUGGAAAAUCGUCAACAAGUACUUGGACUUGACACUCUUCAAGCAUCGCGGCUUCCUCAUUUACCUGUCAGGCAACGUCAUCAUGUUUCUGGGCUUCUUCGCCCCGAUUGUCUUCCUUGCAGCCUAUGCCAAGGACAUGGGUGUGGACGAGUAUUCAGCUGCCUUCCUGCUAUCGAUUCUCGCUUUUGUUGACAUGUUUGCAAGGCCUUCCAUGGGGUUACUUGCCAACUCACGCUGGAUUCGACCCAGAAUCCAGUACUUCUUCAGCUUUGCGGUGCUGUACAAUGGAGUGUGCCACAUCCUAUGUCCACUAGUGGAAAGCUACACGGGUCUGGUCGUGUAUUCCAUGUUCUUUGGCUUUGCCUUUGGCAUGGUCAGCUCAGUGUUGUUUGAAACACUGAUGGACCUGGUCGGGGCUCAGAGAUUCUCCAGCGCUGUUGGUCUCACGACCAUUGUGGAAUGCUGCCCCGUCCUUCUUGGUCCACCUCUUGCAGGUAUGUUGUAUUUGUCUAAAAGUACACUCUUAUUUUGUUCUAUAUUUGUAGGAGAGGAUAUGCUGUCAGAAGUGGGUACAUACAAACUCGUAUGUGGAAGAUAAAUACCUCACUUUCUAAACUUUCUGCUGUUUUGCAGGGAAACUGGUCGAUAUCACAAAGAACUACAAGUACAUGUAUUUCUGCUGCGGAGCCGUGGUGAUCCUCGCAAGUAUUUGGCUCUUCAUCGGGAACUUUAUCAACUACAGACUUUUGGAACGUGAGCGCAAGUGUGCAGAAAUGUACAAACGGACUGAGACAGAAGAUCCAGACCAGCUUAAAAAUCAAAAAGAGGCUGACGGGGAAGCGCAGGCGCAGGAGGAGCUGGAUGACAAAAAUGAAAAAGAUGAGCAACCUAUGCAGCGGGAAACCAACAUCUAGAUCCUUCUGCUCUGCCAACAGCUCACCUUCACCUCAGCGGCAAACGCGCAUCUCCCUCCACUAUGAUCAAACUGAGCUCCAAGCCAAGAGGGGCCUCUGGGUGUUCCACAAGGCUCUAUUUGGGGUCCUCUGCACUUCUUUAAAACCAACUGCCAAAGCAACAAUUACGUUGUCAGAAGCUCUGAGGUGUUACGUCUGUUUGUCAAAGAGCGUCGCCUUUGACCAUGAUAGCAAAAUAUUAAGCAAAAGGAAAAAGUGUAACAUUAUGUAUGCAUGUGAGGAGGCUAUAAGUCAGAAAAUGUAGUGGAGUCUAGUACUAACUGUGUUUCCUUUUAUUUGCCACGUUCGUUCACCUCAUAUCGGAUUAAGUGUAAAUACAAGACUGCAACUGACAGACAAUAACCCUCAUGACAUCCAGAGGCAGUUAAAGCCAGAAUGUAGGAUUUCAGAUCCAGAAGUGCUGAAUGUACAAACUCCAAAGUUGUGUCGACAGCGAGUUAGCAUGGUAGCAAAUCCAGAGGUGUUCACAGCCAGACAAUCAUUUCUGCUUAAGAGAAGUAUUUUCUGCCGCAGUCGGUCAUAGCUGACCCGUGUUAUCACUGUUUCAGAAAUUCAGAAUAUUCCAAGAUGUAGCCAUUCCUUUCUUCCUUCUGUCUUCCGAUAUGACGUGAAUGCAGCAUCAGUGUGUUACCACUGUUCCAACAGCACCAGCAAACUCGAUCCAAAAUAAAAUAUUUCUAAAAUAUAAAUGAGACGAAGCAAUGACAGGGUGAUAACAGCCGGUGUCGAUCUCAUACCGUACAUCCACACUGCGAGUAAUUAAGAAUAAAAGCGACUGCUCAUGGCACAGCAUACGUUUGUGAAAUCAGACCAAGAAGGAGUUGACACCUUGCUUGAUGGCAACAACUGUUGAGUCUAAAAAGACUCCGUGAAAACCCUGGUGACAUGUCGAUUGUGUUGCUCGCAAUGUGAAUGGAGAGGCGGCGAUCCCAGUGCGCCGAAGAAUGGUCUAUCCAUGCGGUGCCAAGUGUGGAACAAGAAAGCAAGAUCCUAAUUGCACUUGUGUUAUAAGGCAAUAGGGUGUCCUCAAAUCCCCACUCUCAGAAAUAAAGAACAGAUGUGCUCACAGCUGGCGACGCUGGCGCCCGCGUAUUAUGCUGCCCUCCUGAGCACCGUUACGCCGUGUAGUAAAACCUGCACAAUGUCCCACUUUAAAACUUUCGAUCAAGUCAUAAAAUGCUUCCUGUUAGCUGUCUAGUAUUCCAUAUUACUGCUGCACUAAAAGAAACGACCAUACAUCACCCUGAACAUCUCACUAAAAUUGCUGCAAUUCAAUAGAUUUAAUUACGGUUGAAUGUAAUUUCCUCUGUGGGCCUUAAUAAGGUAUUAAUGACCAAAACCAUCUGCAGAAAAGCGUUUUUUUCUGCAAACAGAGCCCAUGAGCAAUAUAACCUCUCAUAUUAUAACAUAGAUAUACAGGGAAAUAUAGUAUUUCUUGAACCACUGGGACAGUCCAUCAGUGAUGCAUUGCCUUAAAUGUAAUGUAAAGAAUGCAGGGGAGUUGUACAGUGAAUACUUGGUGGUAUUAUAUGAUGCUCAUAGUCUGUGUGACUAAUUUUAAAACUCACAAGAAAUCAGUGCAAUCCACUCCAUUUGUCUCCUAACAUGUCUGAAUGUGAAAAUGAAACGUUAAAGCUAUGAGAUUAAGUAUUGUUGUGUAGUGUCACUGUUAUCUAUUCCACUAACAACAUACUACUGAUGUUACUAAUCACUGAAUGCUAAUCAAGUCUAAUUGUAUUCACAGUCGUGUUGUGUGCUAACUAAUGUACUUGACUAAUCCAUCAUGUAGCAGUCGAACUGUUGCUGUAGAUGUCUAUAUUCGUCGAUAAUCUAUCCAUUCCACGUUUGAGUUGUUGUAAAUGUCAUCCCGUCGUGCUCUUCAGUGCUCUUCACAAAACCCGAGGCUCCGGUCUCAAGCUCCAAUCACACGGUGUCCUGUCUCAGAUGUUCUAAAGAAGCCAAACGCAUUUCAACAACAUUUGUAAAAGCAAUCAUGAACAAAAAACAACAAAAAACGUUACUGUCUUGUUUUUGUGCUUUAAGUAGUUUGAUGUGUAUUUGCGGUCGGGUAAACGGACGUCCAGGUGUGUAGCAGUGGCUCUCCUCAUCUACGACUCGUUUCAACCAAACACUCCUCCUCCGGUUUGUGAUGAAACCGGAGGGAAACGCUGUGGCUGUGUUUGGCUGAAUGAAGUCUCAGGGUAUCAGAGGAACAUAGUUCAGAAUAUAUAAUUUAUCAUAAAUCAUAUUAGAUGGAAAGAUUUGCACACUUCUCUUCAUAGUCUAAACACUUGAUCUCUUUCACAGAAACUGCUCUGACUGGACUUUGUCUAUCGGCUCGUUUUGACCGCAGCCCCAGGUUAUCUGUGGGUUGUUUGUAAAGCUGUUCAGCAUUAGCUUAGUCCACCAGCAGGCCACUGUCAAACUGUAGUUUUUCUAUCACAGACUGUUCUUUUAUCUCAGUUGUAGCUGUCAGACAACAGUAAUAACUUUCAUGAAUGGAAAUGAAAGCGUGUCCUCCUUACACAUCAUCUUAAGAAAGCGUUCAUUGACUGAGAUCUGAUGUCUCUACACUUACUUGUACAUGAUCUCCCUCUCAAUGAAGGAGAUAGACUGCUGUGCAAUCACUUUCAGCCAAAUAACACUGCCCCCUACUGGUUGAAAACCAACAAGACCAAACGUUAAAGGAAGCCAAGCUUCUCUUUCUCUUUUCUCUUUUGAAAUGACCGGUCAUGGCUCCGCGGGUGAUGCAUCUGUAAUUGUGGGGGAAUUAUCAGCUUGAAAACACUUUUUUUGUAUUUAUAUGUUGGAGCAAACAAACAGAACAAAUGUCAGCGUACAAUCCGAGGGUUAAGUGGAAUAAAAGGGAAUAUGAUUGCAUUGAAACUUGUAAUUUUUUUCUGUUUAUAAAGAAAAUAGCUUUUUAUUUUCCUCCAACAUCUGUGAGAUUUAUUUAGAGUGCCAUGUUUCUCGAGUUUGAUGUCCUGGCCUCUAAAAUCAAGUUGCUUAAUUAUCAAGGGGGCUCCUAUCAUUUCAUCACUGCAAAUUAAACUAGUACAGGGUAUCUGGACUCUACCCACAUGACUGUAAGACCUUUUUUUUGGUAUUUUUGUUGCAAAAUCAUGAUGUUAUAUGUCAAUUUUGAGCAAUACAUUUCUAUUUUAUGUAUUUUCUGUUCGUGUUGUUGAUGCAAAGAACAAAAGUGAAACCAUUUUUGAUUUAAUCCAAGUAAGAUAAUUAACGGGAUUCAACUUGCACCAAUAGCCUUACCAAUAUUAUUGCUUCACUUUGUGUUGCUUUCUUCACAUGCGUGGAAUUGAUGUGGACACAGAGGUUUAUUUUGAGGUUUUGCUUACGACCAAAUUUAAGAGAAAUGUAAAACUGAAUAAGAACUAUUUUUUCUGCUCUUGUUUUAUUUUUGUAUGCGCACAUAUCUGCUAUUAAAAAAGGCAAUAUUAGAGUGUUGGUUAUCGGUAAAGAGAGGCUGAAUCUGGUUUUGUUAGCUGUAAUUAUAGAUUAUUUUUCCUUAUGUGUGGUAUAAAUAUACAGAAAGUUAAGACUGUAAGACUCUGGAAGACUUGCCCCAUAGUUCUCCGUGGGAUCGUGUUGUUGUGAAGUAAAUGUUCAAAUGUUGUUUUUAGCUUUUAUGGAAGAGCACUUAUUCACGAACUGCAGAUUGUAUUUCCUAACAAUAAUAGUUUGAAUUAUGAGGCAGAAAUAGGGUGAGUCACAGGGUAGAGUUCACGGAAAAGUCGUGGUGCGAAGACAUGUAGAGUUGAAAUUUUGUUUUGGUUGCGUGCCCUGGAUGCAUUUUUACUUUGGUGGAAUUUCCCUUUUUUUUUUAAAAGUUGCAUUAAAGUUUAUUAUUUGACUUGUUACAAUCAAACCCCCUCUUGAAAAGCUUGAUUUCUUAAGAAGGAAGAAAUACUUUAAUAGCGAUCUUUUGUUUAUUUCUUUGUUUUUCACAUUGAUUGUUCAAAAGUAUCGGCAUGUAUUGGUGUUGAUUGUAUACAAAGUGGUUUGCUACUGGGAGGCUGAAGGACUCUAGCUGUUGUGCUAACUGUGCCUUACUGUGCUAUACUAACUAACUAUCUAUCAAACAGGUUUCUGUGAACACAGUCUAAACCCUGAAUCUCUGUCUUUGCUGAUAUGCACUCUUGUUUACAAGUCACUUCAAUCUGUCGUUUUAUGUUGAUAAUAGCCUUCUGUUGCUCAUCAUUAAAAUGUAAGUCCUUUUUUGACAUUAUUAACUCGUUUAGGCAAACACACUCUGUUUUUCCAGAGUCUAAUUAUUUAUUAAUGAUUCAAUUUUGCUGCAUAUUGUGUUGAUAGGAUUUAUUACACAAAGUGAAGGAUGCUAUUACCUCUACUUUGGGGACAGUUGUGUUCACACGUUUGGACUCGGCGGUGAACUCGGUCCGUUAUCUCCUUCCAGUAGCAGACUUGCUGUGUGCUUUCUCAUCAGGGCAAAACUCUUCUGUAUUCUGGCGUUAUUAUUCAGCGUGUCACUCCUUCCACUACCUCUGCAGUCGCCAUGACAGAGUGAGGAAAAGUACCACACGGGUAUAGAAAUCUGAGUUAUGUUUUUUGUAAUUCUAACAGAAUGUUAUCAUCUAUCACAGUAGUGAAAUAAAUAAAGUAUGUAUCCACCACAUGUAUCUGCUUGGUUUGGUUUGACUAAAUAAUAUCCUUGAAAAUGUCUAUAGUGUGUGUGUGUGUGUUUAUGGAUGUUUAAUAAGAAUGAAAAAUCAAAGAGAAAAGGGGGAAAAUAUGUAGAGAACAUCGACAUAACAAAGAUCGUUUUCUCGUGGUAAGGGUAAAGCGUUUUUGGGUGACCUUGAACGGUAACUUUUAAAACCGCCCUCCAGAUUUGGAUAUUGUGAAACGCUGCAGCCAUCGUUGUCAAUAGCAAGCUGAAGCUUUCAAUAAAAAUGCUAACGGCGCGCUCCGUUUUGCACAUGUGCGUUUCACUUUCAGCGUGGGACCAUAGACCAGCGCUGCGCAGUAGCAAUGCCGCACAGUCGCCGAGAGUCACUGUGAUGACGCUCGGCUCAAACAGCGUAUCCCCUCGGGUGAGCUACGCAAUCCCUGAACGCCCAUAGGCUGUAUCAGCUGUCAAUCAUCAAAAACAUGAAACCCCUAAUAACUUUUAAAAACGGAGCUUCACAGAAAAAAGAGAACUUGAGCACAAACCAGUCUUACUGUAACUUCAUGUCAACAUCACAACCAGGGGGGACAAAAAUUUAUGUUUGUCCACAGCUCCAUUAGCUUUGCUGGCGGAGGCGGGAUUAAUGACCUAUACUGCAGCCCGUCACCAGAGGGUGCUGUUCUCGGAGUGGCUUCACCCAGCGAGGAGGCAGACUCUGUCCAUUCUAUAUACAGUCUAUGCGUGGGACUAGUUAACUGCCAUGCGCUAAUUGGACAUCAACAGCAACAAUGGCGGACACAUUAUCAAUUAAUUCAUUAUCACGGGAAAAUGAUUUAUGUUGAGAUAACAAGAUAAGUCUUUAUCACAAGAUAAGAGUGCAUAAAAAGUAGAAAAAUCCAUGGCCGGUCUUAUAUUCUGUAAAUAUGAGUUACAUGCUAAGGACAGACAAAUUAUGGUAAUUUCAACUUAAUUAACUUUUAAUGCUAUUCACACAUUUAAACCACUCACUCCUCAAAAGAUAAUGUUGUUAUCCAUUUAAUCUUUAAAAGAAGAUAAGCACACCCCGACAGCAAACCAAUAUUUCACAGCAGACGUUCAGUCAUCCCUGUCCUUCAGUUUCAGAUACAGACAUAGACCGUCCUCUACAGCGACGGGAAUCUCGCCAGAUAAUUUUGGCCCGUCUCAGAAAUAACAGCUGGCUCAGUUGGCUCCUUCCACUCCUCAUUAAGGGCCACUUCUGAUUUUAACAAGUCAGUUAAAUUAACAAUAGCUGACUGUAUUAUAAGUGUGGGUGUGCAAACAAAGUCACAGUGAAAAGUUUGAUUGAAACAUAAUUUUGAUAUUUAUCUCUUAAUUUGUCAUAAUGAAACAUCUGGUUUCGAAGAAAAACAGGAAAAAUAAAGUUUCAAACAAAACAACUCUCUGCUCUGCAGCUGACAGACAAUAAUAUGAUACGUGACAUGAUACGAUACAAUAUAUGAUACGAUAUGAUAUGAUGGGUAGGUAGAUAGGUAGAUAGAUAGAUAGAUAGAUAGAUAGAUAGAUAGAUAGAUAGAUAGAUAGAUAGAUAGAUAGAUAGAUAGAUAGAUACCAACCACUUAUAGAUUUAAUUCAAUCAGGCCGUAUCAAUAGAAAUCACUUGAUUACUUACAGUAUAAAAUUGGUUUUACAGAUAUAUCAACAGUUGAAUCUUUCUAAGGUUUACAGCAUUACAUGAAACACUUUUAAAAAAGAUUUUGAAUAAUUUCCAGACAGAAAAAAACAAAGCUAUCUUUUUUUUAAAUUAUUAUUUUAUGUUCAUAUAUUUCUCUACCCUUUAUUUUAAUGUUUGUGGUUCUGUAAUAUAAAAUAUUCUGUAAUAUUUUUUAAUUUCUUUGAGGGAACCUUUCCAAAAGGAUAACUAAAGUUGUAUUUGACCUAAAAAAUAAGUUUUUUUUCUACUCUAAUAUGACUACUUUUGAAAUCUGACCCUGUUUCUGAUCCUUCUCCAUUAUUUCUCUGACACUCUAAAUAUUUUACAACAAAGCCCUCCACCCACACCAAACCCCUCACAAUAAAUCAUGAGUAUUUCUGCCUGGCAACCAACCACAACACAUACUUUAGAGAUGCAAACCCCGGACCGCUGAACCCCUCCCCCCUCUUUUUCAUUAGUAUGCAGAGCUUUAACAUCGCUGCAUGUGCCGGUGAUGGCUGGAGACCCUCAGGCAGUGUUUGGGGCUACGUUUUAAUGGGGCGGUGAGGGUCAGCAGCAGAGGAGAGAACAAUACGCCUCUCCGGUUUCCUGUGAUAGGCGUUUCACCAGGACCCGGGACCCCAGGGGGGGACCUGUUGGGGCUCGAAUGCAGAAGGAGUUGACCUUCAAAACAGAGUCAAACUGUAUUCCCUGUGAAGCUGCAGAGUUUCAGGUCGGCUGCCUUUGAGUCCCGCAGGUUGGCAUCAGCUAUCAAGUUAGCAUAUAGGCCAAGAAUGCUUCACUAACAAUGUUGUGAUAAUAGAUUAAAUACUGCAGGGAUGUAAGGGACCCAGUGGAGAUGUGGGCAUAAUUGUAAUGUGCAAUUU